AUGGUAGUUAGUAAAGGUAGGCUUGGUUUUGGUCUGUUUUCUUUUGAAACCACUGAUGACAGCAAAGAAAUGGAUAUUCAAUUAAAAAUGGAGCAAGAAAAAACCAAGUUGCGAGAAUUAGAAUUAAACAAUGAGAAAGCGAUUAAUGAAAAAAACCAGGAAACUUUAUUAGCCAUUGAGAAAAUUCGGGCUGAAGCUAAAAAAGCUAACCAAGAAAGUAAUCCUCAAAUAAAAAAAGAAAAAAAGGAAGAAAUUCAAAAAGAUUGGCAAGAAGUAAAGCGGAUGAUUGAAGAAAAUAAUAAGCAAAUAGUAGAAAGCAUUGGUGAAAAGACUAGCAAAUUAGAAGAACAGCAAGUGCAAAUUGCGGCUGAUUUAAAAGAUGCUCGCCAAAAGGGUGAUAAAAGAGCCGAGCAAAUUGCCUUAAAGGCAAUGGCGGAAGUGAAUAAGAAAUUAGGGUUAGUGAAAGGAGUAGCGACUAACUUAGUAAAUGGUAAAGAUAUCGAUGAAUUAGCCCAAACUACUGACCAGCCUUGGUAUCAAAAAAUUGUUUGGUCGUCUCCUAAAAAUUGA